UCAGACAUUGACAUCAUUUGGUAACAACACUUACAGCUCUGCAAGCUGGAGAAAUUUUAAAAUUUGUUUGAAAGUCAAAUCAUGGAUUUCAGGCUAUUGUUGCUGAUCCUGCUUCUACACAUUUCAGGCUCUCUAACAUUAGACGAACUCUCUGUGACUUGUAAAAACAUUUGUGCUCUGAGGGAAACCAGUGUGCAGUUGAAGUGCACCUACAACAGCAUCCAAUAUAAAUCUGUGUUCUGGUUCAGCUGGAAACAAAGUCCAAACUGGAGGAAAAACAAUGAACCUGAAGAUUUAGAUUUAGAUUUAGACUACUCAGGACGAGUAAAGCAAAGCUUCAAACAUGACUGUUCAACACUCUUAAUAUCAGAUGUGAGUGAGCGAGACUCUGGGGAAUAUCAGCUCAUGUUCAUCAUGAAGGAUGGAGUUAAACGUCUCGCCUCAGUCGCUGUUAAUUUAACAGUAACAGAUUUGCAGGUAAAGAUGAGUCCUGCAUCUGCAAACACCAGAGGUCAGGCAGUAAAUCUGACCUGUGAUACUUCAUGUGAUUUGACAUUCGAGCCAAAAAAUUACUUCUGGAAAAAAAAUGGACAAUAUAUAGAAGGUCUUCAUGCUAGAAACAUCACUGUGCUUUCAACAGAAAUGGAUGGCAGUUACUCCUGUUCUCUUACUGUAGACCUUAAAAAUUCCUCCUCUCCUGUUUGUUUUUCUAAGAGUGUCUGCUGGGAUGUGUCUUACAACUCCAGAAGAGUCUGUGCCUUGGUCAACUCAACAGUAGACAUUUCCUGCACAUACUCACAUCCCUCUGAUUAUACGAUUAAUAAAACAUUCUGGCAUUACGUACAGACUGGAGAUUUUAGGGAUCUGCGUGAAGAGCAUCAGUUUACUGGUCGUGUGGAGUUUGUGGAGAACAAACUGAGAAUCAAAGAGCUCAAGAUCAGCGACUCUGGAGAAUAUCGAUUCAGGAUCAUCACAGACAAAAGAGGAGGAACAUAUUCUGGUUCACCUGGAGUCAUUCUCACUGUUACAGAUACAGAGGUGAUAAGCAGACCAGACACUGUAUCAGAAGGAGAAAAGGUGAUAUUAAGCUGUUCAACUAAAUGCACUCUGAGUAACAAACACACUUACAUCUGGUACAAGAACGGACGGCAGGUCACAGAUGGAUUUACUAAAGACAACAAGCUGUACCUGGACUCACUCAGCAGAGAAGAGCUUCAAGAGUUCUCCUGUGCUGUAGGAGAAAUGCGAGUUGAACACAGUUCUACAGCUCUACAGAACACCUUGAUCGUACUCUUCAUUUUUCUGAUUCUUCUUAUCAUUGGAGUCCUGUAUUACAGUUUAAGCAGGAGAAGAAAAAACAAGUCAUCGGUACAACAUAAGCACACAAAAGAGGCUGUACAGUUGGAUUCAUCCCUAGUAUAUGAAACUGUUGCUCCUUUGUCUACGGUCUGCACACAGCAAGAUCACAUAAAGAAUCAGGACAUUCAUUACUCAAGUAUACAUUUCAAGAAGUCAGACAUUAAGGACACAUCUGUGGUGACUACUGGUGAACAAUCAAGCACAGAUGAUGUUCAUUAUUCUGCUGUGAUGUUUAGCCAAUGAUUAGUUUAGACUCCCACCUCCACAAAAAGCUACUUGCCACAACCUAAUAAUUGCAGACCGACAUUAUGUGACCCAGCUUUUUCUCUUGUCAAACAUUCAUGGAUGUAUAGUGGAGAUCAAAUUUACACAGCGGAUGCUCUUCCAGCUGAAACCCAGUACACACACACAUACACUCUGGACUAUUUAGCUUACCCAAUUCAAUUCACAGUUCAAAGACUGUAUAAAUAACCCAUGCCAACAUGGGGAGAACAUGCAAACUCCACACAGAAAUGCCAACUGUCCCAGGCAGAACUGUACAGUGCAUAUACAGUCAGGUCCAUAAAUAUUGGGACAUUGUCACAAUUCUAAAAUUUUUUUGGCUCUUUACUCCAACACAAUGGAUUUGAAAUGAAACAAACAAGAUGUGUUUUAACUGAAGACUGUCAGCUUUAGAUAGAGGGUAUUUACAUCCAAAUAAGGUGAACGGUAUAGGAAUUGCAUCAGUUUGCAUGUGUGCCUCCUACUUGUUAAUGGACCAAAAGUAAUUGGACAAUUAGCUUCUAAGCUCUUCCAUGGCCGGGUGUGUGCUAUUCCCUCAUUAUCCCAAUUACAAUGAGCAGAUAGAAGGUUCAGAGUUCAUUUCAAGUGUGCUAUUUGUUUUUGGAAUCUGUUGCUAUCAACUCUCAAGAUGAGAUCUGUCACUAUAAGACAAGCAAGCCAUCAUUAGGCUGAAAAAACAAACAAACAAACAAACCCGUAAGAGAGAUAGCAAAAACAUUAGAAAUGGCCAGGCCAACUGCUUGGAACAUUCUUAAAAAUAAAGAACACACCAGUGAGCUGAGCAACACCAAAAGACCCAGCAGACCAUGGAAACUAUUGUGGUGGAUUAGAAAUCUUUCCCUGGUGAAUAAAAAAACCCUUCACAACAGUUGGCCAGAUCAAGAACACUCUCCAGGAGGCAGGUGUAUGUGUGUAGAAGUCAACAAUCAAGAGAUGACUUUACCAAAGUUGAUAUAGAGGGUUCACCACAAGAUGUAAACCAUUGGUGAGCCUCAGAAACAGGAAGGGCAGAAAAUGCCUUCACAGUAAUGGAACAACAUCUUAUGGACAGAUGAGAUCAAGAUCUGCUUAUGAUCCUUAGCAUGGUGGUGGGCAUGUAUGGCUGUCAAUGGAACAGAAUGGUUCUCUUGUAUUUAUUGAUGGUGUGACUGCUGACAAAAGCAGCAGAAUGAAUUCUAAAGUGUUUCAGGCAAUAUUAUCUGAUCACUGCAUAAGCAACCAAAGAGUUGUUGAAGGAAAAGAAGUGGAUUGUAAUGCAAUGGCCAAGUCAAUCCCCUAAGCUGAAUCUGAUUAAGCAUGCAUUUCACUUGCUGAUUACAAAACUACAUGGAAAAUGUCCCAAGAAUAAACAGGGC